CAGCUCUCCGGAUAAAGGCGCCGGGCUAAGCAACGGCGUCGCAAUUCCAUCCGCCUCUGGAGUAUGUUCAAAUCCAUUCCUCUUGGUGCUCCAGGACGACCGUUCCGAUUCGAGAAGCAAGUAAUUCGAGCUUUGCUCACGACCAGCGUCCAUAUCACUUGCCUCGCCGCUCACCCCGCUCCUUUUGGCAUUACGACGUGCGUACGUUGAAUCGAUUAGCAAGCGUUCUUGCGCGACGACUGCGACUCCUUCAUCAUCGGCUGCCUCACCAGAUACGAGACGCAGUCAACCUCGCUGAGGCCUCGUUCUGACGGCUAUUGCAUUCUGCUUUGACGGUCCAUACUCCAGUAGAUUGUCGACAUGUUCGUUCUGCCACCCCCUCCGCGAUAUCCCGCAGGCGCCUAUGGCGUCGGCCUCGGGGGCGUCGUGCCCCUGAUCGAGACCAACAAUACACUGUCGAACCCGAGCGGACCCGAGUAUCGGUUCCUGGUAGGAGAGGGAACAUACGUGCUCAAGGAAGACUUGAACCUGGCCACACCACCACCCCACCCGUCCGAGGCGCCUGUUGUCAAUCCGAAUCCCCUGGCUACGAACCCUCAGCCUGCGACUGCUGGAACAAAAAUGUCGAUUCUUAGCUUGGAAUCCCGACCCGCUCCCUUCUUCUACAGAGGCCCCUCUGCUACAACGCUGUCACUGGGUGGUGGAACGUUGAGUAUUCAAGAACACCCCAACGAAAGCCGAUAUUCGACUGAAGGUGGCAUGGGUAGCGAUGAUGGCCGUGCAGCGUCGAGCGAAGGCCCAGCUGCAUCAACUACAUUCGGCUCUGCUCCUGCAUUUGGCGAAGGAAAUUCCCUGCUGGCUCCUACGGUAUCGAAAGACGUAAAUAAAAAGAAGAAGCCCAAGAAUAAUGUUACCAAGAGCAACUCUUCUUUCAUCUCUCGUGUCAUUGUUAAUGAUAGCUUGGCGCGAAAGCUGACGGAACGGCCGAGCGAUGGGCUAUUUGCUUUUGCCAAUAUUAACCGAGCAUUUCAGUGGCUGGACAUGUCAUCGCCGACAAAGCAAGAUUACUUGACAAAGAUACUGUUCACCAAGGCUCACUGCUUAUGUCACGAUGUCAACAUGGUGACAAAGAGUGUUUCUCAUAUCGAUGUGAUUAUGGGUUUCUCUACUGGCGAAAUCAUCUGGUGGGAGCCCAUUUCCCAGCGAUAUACGCGACUCAACAAAAAUGGCAUAAUCAAUAACACACCCGUAUCUGAAAUACGAUGGAUUCCUGGCUCCGAGAAUCUGUUCCUUGCAGCCCACAUGGAUGGCUUACUAGUGGUAUACGAUAAAGAGAAGGAGGACGGCCAUCUGAAUCCGGAAGAGGAAGGGCUGACUGCCAGCGGCAGUGGGAGUGAGGGGGAGCUGUCCAACGGAUCUGCCAUUGGUAAUGGCAUCAGGAUCAACAAGUCGGUGCACUCCAAGAAUCAGAAGACUAAUCCAGUAGCCGCCUGGAAACUAUCGAACCAGAGGAUAAAUGCCUUUUCAUUUUCGCCUGAUAACCGACAUCUUGCGGUUGUGUCCGAGGACGGUACAUUGAGAGUAAUUGACUAUCUCAAAGAAGAGCUCUUAGACCUGUAUCAUUCGUACUACGGGGGACUGUCAUGUGUUUGCUGGACUCCAGAUGGCAAAUACGUCCUAACUGGUGGUCAAGAUGACUUGAUAUCUAUUUGGUCAAUGGCAGACUCAGCAUUAGUUGCCCGAUGCCAGGGUCAUCGAUCCUGGGUCUCUGCGUUGGCAUUCGACCCAUGGCGAUGUGACGACCGAAACUAUCGCUUUGGCAGCGUGGGAGAGGAUGGACGACUCUGUCUCUGGGAUUUUAGCGUGGGCAUGCUGCACCGCCCUAAGACUGCUGCCCCUAAUCGCCACCGAGGAUCGGUAUCGUCCAAGUUCACGGCUCCACAUAGAACAGAUACCAACACGUCGGUAAAUUCGGGCGGCAAAGGCUCCAUACUAGAGGAUGAGUGGGAAGAGAAUGUGAUUGCGCAUCCUGUUCAGCCGCGGGCGGUAAUUCCAAUGCUGCCACCUGUGCUGACGCACGUGGUUGAUAGCCAUCCGGCGUGCUGGCUAGCCUUCACCGAGGAUGCCGUUAUCACAAGCUGCAAGUCAGGGCACGUAAGAACCUGGAACCGACCAGGCGUCCCAACAGGCAACGAGGGGCUUGAUGGAUAGAUAGUAGAUGGACUGGGCGUUUCGAUGGCGCUUUUCCCACUUUGGCGGGUUUUUUGAUUUUAAUUUAUUUUGAUUGAUUUAUUUAUUUUCUUAUGUUUGUUUUGCGUUGGCUAUAGCUUUGAGGAGGAGCGAGGGUCUCUUCUUGCUUGGUGUCUCCAGCAUGACUGCUACCUACUAGGGCAUUGGAAAGGAAUGCUUUGUAUCUAAUUCUGUGGACCUUCAUGUGUAAUGCUUUGAGAUGAAUAUAUUUUGAAUAUCGG